GGUGCCUCCGUCUCGUCUCCUGCAUGUUCUUUCCAUCUUCCAACCAAAUCCCUUCCUCUCUAUCCAUAACACCACUUUCAUCUUUCCAAGGUCACGUAAGAGGCGUGCUCUCAUCUCCUCGCUGUCACCCAUCCUUGACUUGUUCUUCUCCAAGCCAAUCCGGGUUUCCGCCCCUUGUUUCUGCCGCGAGUCAUUUUAUACGAAACGUCCGUCCUGUGAUCUGCACAAUCUGCCCAGCCCUGCGACCGAUAUAAUCAACAAAGUGUCAUCCUCCGGCGCGCCUCAAGCCUUUUUACACAGUACACGCUUUUUCAGGAUCCCACGGCCUGAUCGCGGGCGGUCAAAUUUUGCAACCCUAAGCCGGUGUGUGCUCGCUUAGUUAAUUCAUCGCUCCCAGACGCCGAUCUGACGUCGCCCGGACCAGCCGAAUCUUCCGUGCCAUCCUACGCUAGACGCUCAGCAUCCCAGCCUCACUUAAAAAUAACGACAUCAUCGAGGCCGACAGGGCUUUCCUUCAAUGAGUCGAGCUUGAAGAGAGAAUGGAACAGCCUGACCAUUGUCUAUAGGACUUCUCUCUCUCUCUCUUUUUGCCCCUCUCCCCUCAGCAACUAACGCCUCAAAAUGCCGAUGCGGCCCAACAUGCUCAAACGGGUACGUAGCCACACGAACCGACAAUCUCUGAGCGACCUGGUACACGGCAGAGGAAAUUCGCCGCAUCCUCAACCAGACACCAUCUCCGGCCACAAGCAAAUCGAAGAGGAAACUCUGCCCAAAUACAACGCGGAUAAUUUCUAUCCGGUUCGCUUAGGUGAAGUCUUGAAUGACCGGUAUAAGUUAUGUGUGAAGUUGGGCUUUGGCAUGACUGCAACAGUCUGGCUCGCCCGGGAUCUGCAUGCUGAGCAAAGUGCUGGCAACCACAAAUAUGUCACCAUCAAAAUCAACGUCAACACCUUGAGCGAGGACUUCCUGAACGGCCGGCGCGAAAUUGCACAGAAGCUUUUUUCGGCCAACCCUGAUCAUCCAGGCUACAACCACAUCCGAUUUAUGCGCGACACCUUCAAGAUCAGGAAUCGCCAUGGCGAGCAUCUUUGCAUCGUUUAUGACGUCCUCCGUGAACCCAUUGAUGCAUGUAUGGAGAAAUUCCCCGGUCGACGUUUCAACUCUGAGAAACUCCGCAAACUCUUGCCCGCUCUUCUCAAAGGUCUCGAUUAUCUCCACACAGAAUGUGGGGUGGUGCAUACCGACCUCAAAGCAGACAACAUCAUGAUGGGUCUAGGUGACCCGACCAUUCUCGAUCGGUUUGUGCAACGUGAAAUCGAUCACCCGUCGCCGCGAAAAAUGCCAGACUCUCAUGGCCGAAUCAUCUACACAUCAUGCAGCGACUUUGGCGAGGCUCCUACAGACGUGGUCAUUGCAUCCGCCAAGAUCACUGAUAUUGGUCUAGCAGCGUGGGGAACCGGCAAAAACACCAAGCCAAUCCAAUCCAAUGCCUUCAUGGCCCCCGAGGUCAUAUUACAAGCUGGCUGGUCGUAUCCUGCCGACAUAUGGAAUCUAGGGGUGAUGCUGUGGGAUCUUUUCGAGACCUUUGGCCUAUUUGACGCCAUGGACACGAGACCGGGCCAUUACCGCCCAGAGAAGCACCUGGGGUUGAUGAUAGCGCUGUUAGGCCCGCCGCCAGUAGAGUUCCUCAAGCGAGGAGCCAAGUCGUCCCAUUAUUUUGACAACGACGGCAAGUUCAAAUAUCCGGACUACAUCGACAAAGAGAUAUCUUUUGAUUCUUCGAUUCAAAGGCUCAGGGGAGAAGAAAAGGAGUUGUUCCUCGACAUGGCUCAGCAUAUGAUCUGUUGGGUGCCCGAAGAACGGUGGACAGCCAAGCAGUUACUGGAGCAUCCCUACCUGACCAAGGAACGAGAUUACAUUCCCACACCAGGCAAUUUGUCUCGUGCUUCGACCGCAUCAUUCCAAUCCAUCAUUCCGUCGCGGACUGGAACUCCGAAUCCAGCACCAUCGAAUUCAGUAUCCCGACGGACGUCGAACCUGGAAAGGAUACCUUCGCGCGAGUACUUGGUACCCAAUGGAAUGGGGACGUCGCCGGACAAACCAUCCUCGAGACCUACCACGCCGGCCACUUCCACUAUGACGCUACCGCAUCAUGUGAAGAGAAGCGAUGAUAAGAAUGGCUCUUCGGCGAUGACGAGUCCCGGAGGACACCUUGCACUCAGUCACAAUGUUGCGAACAAGUGCUCACAGGACCUCAUCGAUUCGAUUCUGAGCAAGGGAAGGAACCAUAACGGCCAGAACGGCCAGAACAAUGGUACAACUCGCUCAUCGAUGGACUGCAACAAUACGCCGACCAAGUAAUGCAUACUGGCUGAAUUGGGAAUGGCCCUGUCGAUUUUAUAGUUGCUGGAUACCCGUCUGUACGGAGCCUGGGGGGUUUUAUAGGGCAUGGUUGUACGGAGUUCACGGCGUGCUGGAUCCCAGAUGGGCUGUCCAGCAGAGCGCUUGUUCGGAAAUUUGGCUGGCCUUCUUGAGCGAGCACCUUUUCAUGUGGAAACUACAUGGGCUCAGAAAAGCUGCAUCGGUGGGUUUGGGCGGGCAGCCGAGACCGAAGUCGAGCAUCUAUGUUUUUUUGUCUGGUACGGCAAGUGAAAGAAUGCAUCACGCUCGCCCACACGCUUCCUUGAGCGUACAGAGUAUAGAUGUUGGUCCAGUUCCUCUUUUCCCCUAGGCACUAGUAUCUACCUAGCUACCUGCCUGCGUGCAUGUGUCAUAUGUGCCUCUUACCGUGUCUUGUUUCAGUACAAACCUACAAAAUCUCACAGUAUUCUCCUUUUCCCUGUGGGGACUACUGCCAGUGCUCUCUCUUCGGAGGGCUCGGGAGGAAGACGCGCCAGGUGUGUGUGUGUGUGUGCAAGGAGGAUUGCGGUGCGGUGCGGUUCGGUUCGGGUUGGACGAGGGCGUGGCACGUUCUCGUCUGCAUCAGCUCCCACGUCCCAUGACUGUCAUGUGUUCAGGAGUCGCCGUCCUUUCGAGGGGGGCGAUGACAGAUUGGGGUUUCUUGUUCUUGUUUGACGGCGUCGAAUCACUGCGCAGGAUGAAGGUGCGUGGGUGUUGUGUAAGGGAAGAGAUGUUUGUGCAGGUUGACGAAUGAGGCCACGGCCGGACCAAGCGUGCGAGUUGUGCCACGACGUGCCUAAGUAAUAGUAACGCGCCGAGGGGGGGAGGCUCACUAGGCUCACUAGGCUUAAAACUUUGGGGACACACUCACCUGCAGGUAGGCACUAACUAGGCCUCACUAACUUAGUUAGCCUGCAACAGUUAAGCUUGUUAAGUUAAGGGCCACAGGCAGGGCAGUGUGGGUUUCAUUUAGGCGAGUGUGGCUGGAUCGGAAGGGAGAG